AGUUUUACCUAGAGUUGCCUACUGUUGAAAAGGACGUUUAGGCGAGUGAGUUCGUGCUUAUCUGCUUUGAACUUGGAAGUAUCAGCUGAGCAUAGACAUUGAGCGAUGGCUGAAGAAAAACAAGAUAAUAAGCUGAAGCUGUAUUCAUAUUGGAGGAGCUCAAGUUCCUUCCGAGUCCGAAUUGCUCUCAACCUCAAAGGGCUCCAAUAUGAGUACAAAGCGGUCAAUCUGUUGAAGGGAGAACAAUCUCACCCCGAAUUUCUCGAGCUCAAUCCUGUUGGUUUUGUUCCCGUUCUAGUGGAUGGCCAUGCUGUAAUUUUCGACUCUCUCGCCAUUAUUAUGUAUUUGGAGGAUAAGUAUCCUCAACAGCCUUUGCUCCCUUCUGAUAUUCAUAAAAGAGCAAUCAAUUUCCAGGUUGCCAGUAUUGUUUCCUCAACAAUACAUCCUCUUCAUAACUUAAGUGUUCUGAAUUACAUCGGGGAAAAAGUUGGCCCUGAUGAAAAACUUCCUUGGGCCCAAAGUAUAAUUAGAAGAGGCUUCACAGCACUUGAAAAGCUAUUGAAAGACCACACAGGAAGAUAUGCAACUGGAGAUGAAGUUUUCCUGGCGGAUUUGUUUUUAGCAUCUCAGUUAUAUGCCGCAUUUAAGAGAUUCAACAUUCAAAUGAAUGAGUUCCCUAUUCUAUCAAGAUUACAUGAGACUUAUUAUGAGAUCCCGGCAUUCCGGGAAGCUUUACCAGAUAACCAGCCAGAUGCAGUACAUUAGUUGAACCGAUAAUUUGGUACUGGAGGAGGAGCUACCGGUUGGGCAUCAGGCUGAAUUUGUAAAAACGAUGUAAGAUACUUAAUCUAGCAAUAAGGUUGCCUUGUACAAUAUUUAUUGCACUUGGCAUCGUGGACAGUGGAUAAAUUAGUGAUUUGCGUUGUAAUUCCUUAUGUUUGGUUUCCAUCUCAUAUUCCCGAUCAACGUAGCUUGAUGGAUGGUUCUUUUAAUGGUCAUGUUCCUACAUUUAAUAUUUAAAGUAAA